AAGACAUGGAGCAGCGUGGAGAACACAAUAAAAAAGCCAACAAUAAUUGAAGGAAUGAUUUUUAGAAUUUGGAAAUUUUAUAAAUAAAUAUUAAAUUCAUUUUCUCGAUCAAAAGCAAUCAUCCAGUUUUCAGCCCAUCUCCGUACCUGGUUCAUUAACAAUACGCUACGACCCCCAAUUCGAGUUCUAACGCCCCAAUUCGCCAUAAUCCAUUUCUCCAAUCGCUUCAAAUUCUUCAAAUCAGAUAGAAUCGGAGAAUAUAGAGUCGGCAAUGGAGUCCCAAGUAUCUGUUCCUCAUGUACAAGUCGCCAAUGAAGAUGAACCUUCUGUGGAGGUUGAUGGAGGCAAUUUUGGUUGCACACAUUAUAGGAGGAGAUGCAAGAUCAAAGCACCAUGUUGUGAUGAGGUUUUCGAUUGCCGCCAUUGCCAUAACGAAAUCAAGAAUUCCCUUGAGAUUGACCCUAUUCAUCGCCAUGAUGUUCCUCGGCAUGAUGUUAAAAAGGUCAUAUGUUCUCUAUGUGACACUGAACAAGAUGUUCAACAAAAUUGUAUCAGCUGUGGGGUAUGUAUGGGGAAUUACUUCUGUCAAACAUGCAAAUUCUACGACAAUGAUGUUUCGAAGAAUCAGUACCAUUGUGAUCAAUGUGGCAUAUGUAGAACAGGUGGCAAGGAGAAUUUCUUUCAUUGCGACAAAUGUGGAUGUUGCUACUCGAAAGCGAUCAAAGAUACACACGUGUGUGUGGAAAGGGCAAUGCACCAUGAUUGUCCUGUUUGUUCUGAGUUUCUGUUUGAUACAUUGAAGGAUCUUACCAUGUUACCAUGUGGGCAUACAAUGCAUUUGGGUUGCCUGAAAGAGAUGGAACAGCAUCAUAGGUACUCUUGCCCUAUUUGCUCGAAAUCUAUAUGUGAUUUGUCGGAUAUGUGGAGAAAGCUAGAUAAUGAGGUUGAAGCAACUCCUAUGCCCGAAACAUAUAAAAACAAAAUGGUGUGGAUACUAUGCAAUGACUGUGAGAAGAUAUCAAGAGUCAAGUUUCACAUAGUGGGUCAGAAAUGCACACAGUGCAAGUCUUACAAUACAAGACAAAUAAGAGGAGGCCCAUCUUCUUCUGUUUCAUGCACAUCAUCAGUUUCUGAUGAGGAUGUCAACUAGAAACAGAGAAGGGGUUCAAUUGAUGCAAUCAUGAACCAUUUAUGGGCAAAAGGGUAACAAUGUCUUUUUAGCGAAGAAGAAAAAGUUGCCAUUCUUGUGUGGCUUUUUGUUCAUUGUGUAUGGAUUGCUACUUUGCUUCCAUAAAAGCUUAUCUGGGGUUACAAUCAUUAGUAAAAUCUAGAGUAAGUUUGGUGAUUA